UUUUCUGUCGACAUUUCCUUAUUUCAGAUACCUAUAUAAUUAGAGGUGAUACCAUUGAUGACAACAAUGGCAGCACAACAACAAUAAUUAUUGCGUAGUUUUCUUGUUUAAAUGUGUAUUAAACUUUAUGCUGCUUGGUAGAUGUAAGAAUAGAAAAAGUGAUCCCUAUCAGCGAGUUCCUUGUUAUUUGUUAUUGCGAAUUGUGAACAUUAUGAAAGAUAUUUUGAUUUUAUAUAUUUUCUCGAAUUUUAACAGAAUAUUUGUCAAUCACGAACAUACAACAUAUCUCUAUUUAAUAUGUGUUAAAAAAAAUAUAAGACAAAACUUUUUUUAAUAAUUUAUUUUUAUCAUUGUUGUUGUAUAACAUUUCUUUCUUUGUACAAUAUUUCAUUUCUUUUUUUUUUCCAUACUACAUAUGGAAGUACUAUGUCAACUUAUAAAUUAUUUAAAACAUAUAGACAUAUUCUUUUGUGUAAAUAUAUAAACAUAAAUAUAAAAAUAGAUAAAAAUUAUAUUAUUAUAUUUUUUUUAAAUAUUAAAUAAAUUUAGCCAUUUACAACAUAUACAGUAUGUCGAGUACAAUUUUGAAAGAAAAUGGAAUUAUAUGGAAUAAAUAGCCAAUGAUUACUUUUGUUUAUAAAUAAAUAUAAUAAAUCGUAAUAAAAACAAAUAAAGUAAAAUCGCAACUGUUAAUAUAUUAAUGCUUCAUAAAUAAAAGAACAUAUUAAAUUUAUAAUUAAAUAUAUUUUACAAAGUUGCGAUUAUACAAUACAGUAUUUUUAUACAUUCCAUACUUUAUGCUAUUAAUAUUUUUUGAUAUAUUUCUCAAUAUUCACAUUAUAUUUUAUAUUUAUUUGCAAAUAGUUUAGAAAAUAUAUAAUAUACCGUUUUUAAUAUUAAUCAUUAAAGACUUUCUAUGUUUCAAAGAUUUAUCUAUGUUUGUAAUUUGUAAAUGUGAAAUGAAUCUCUGGCAAUUUAAGAAAAAGAAAUAAAAGUUCUUUAAUUUAUCUGUUUAUUUUAAAGCGUACAAUAUUAUAAUUGCUACAAUAAUUAUUCAAAUUUUAAGUAUUUAUUAACAUAUCAAAGAAUGAUGAAAAAGAUACAUAUGUUAUUUAUUUUUCAUCAAAUAAAAUUAUAUCUAUGUAUCUAUGUAUAUAUAUAAAAAUAAAUGUAUAUAAAUAAAAGCAACAAAUUGUAUUAAUAAUUUAUAAUUAAUAAUUUUAUCCAUUCAUUCUUUAAAAUAGUAAAGAAUUCCAUAUUGACAAAUUAUUGGAAAAUCUUAAUUCAUCGACCAUUUCAUAUAGAUUGUAUCAAUUUUAUAUAUAUAUAUAUGUAUUUAUUAUAUACUAUAUAUUAUUUAUUAUAUAUUGUAUACAAAAUUAAAUUAUUUAAAAAUAUUCUUUCCAUUCUUAUCAACUUUUUUUUAUUAAAUAUCCAUUUUUAUUUCCUUAUUUUCAUUUAAAAAGUUAAAUAAUAAGUUUAUUUCUUAAUGUAGAAAAAUAAAUAAUAGAAAUAUAGAAUAUAGAAAUAAUAGAAAUAUAAUAGAAAUAAAUCAAAUUAAAUAAGUUUAUUUUUUAACGUAGAAAGAUAAACAGAAAUACAUAUGAUAAUGUGAUAUAAACUACAAGUAUUAAAAAAUACUUCUUUUUUGUAAUGCUAUAUGAAAAUACUCUUAAAAAAUUUUAUAUUAUAAAUGUUUUUAAUGUUUUAUUUUUUUAUCUUUUCUUUUUCAUUUUUUUUUUUAAUUCAUAUUUAUAUUUUAAUUCAUUCUCUUUUAUUAUUUCUUUUAUAUUAAAUUAAACCAAAAAUAAACAAAAAUAAAAAGAAAACAAGAUUUUUAUAAAAAUUAAUUGUCAUUCAUUAAAUAUAUGAAAUUAAAAAUUAAUUUUAAACGAGUUAAUUUCGAACAUAUUUUAGGUUAUGAAAUUAUUAAAAUAUUUGUUAUAUUAAUAUACUAUUAAGAAAUAUUACCUUUAAUAAUAUUAAUAAAAAAUUAUUCAUCCAUUUUAAAACAUAAAGAAUUUUGUUUAAUUUAACAUUAAUUAGCAAUCACAUCAUGAUAGAAUACAAAAUUGUGCCUAAAUAUUAUAUUUUCCUACAGUUGGCUAGCUUGCACUGUCCUCUUAUCAUACGCAAGUCGAAAGUAAAAUAUUUCUAACCUCGAUUCGUGGAUGUCAUUCAUAAAUUUUCACUGUGGAUUAACAAUUCGUAUAAUCUCUAUUGAAUAAGAAAAAAAUCUAUAAAACAUGAAAUUUAGAUUUUUAGGUGAUGGCGAUUGCCCUGAUUGGUUGCUAGCCGAAAUCAACACAUUGUCACGUAUGACAUCCAUUAAAAUUAAGAUAUUAGGACAAACGGUUGCAAAGUAUCUUACGGAAGGAGAACUCGAUGAAGAAAAAAUAAAAAAAAUUACUCAAGAUGCCAAGAUUGAACUGAACGAUGCAAAGGCUAUGGUAGCAGCUCUUGAAUUAAUCUUUACAUCCUCUGCUCGAUAUGGCGUUUC